UUAACUUACUGCCGGCCAGAGUGAUACGAGGGUGCGUGGUGCGCCGUGCGUGCGGGCGUCGCGAGCGUGAUCGAGCGCGUUAGAGAUCCCGUCGGGACAUCGGGCCGGGUGUCCGGUACUAAAAGAGGGAAAAAGGAGCCUCCUCCUCCGUCAGCCGAGUGAGAGUGAGGGAGAGAGAGGGAGAAAGAGAGAGAGAGAGAGAGAGAAAGAGACGAGGCAGAUAGGUAGAUAGAAGAGGAGAGAGAGAAAGAGAGAGAGACAGCGAGAAAGAGAGUCGCGCGAGGAGGCCCCGAAGGAGUGCCAUGCGUCGCGAAUCUCGUCGUUCGCUCGGCAUCAUCGCAGCACGCCGAGGUGUGUUCUAAGCUCGGUUGUCUUGCACUCGUGUCGUUCGUGCGCGCGUUCGUGCCUACGUUUAUGUCCACGUCGUCGCCUUCGACCUGUUCGUCGCCGCUGUCGUCGUCGUCGUCGUCGUCGUCACCAACGUCACUGUCGCGAAGCUGAACGAUCCGCACGACGGAUUUCUUGGAAUGCUCUCGGGCUCUACCUGACACUGCGUGGCCGUUUAGUGCAAAGGAGGUAAACGCAGAAGCUAUUCUACAAGAAGAUAAUCUUCAAUACAGUCGCCGGGAGAGUUACGACGGUUUAAGACACGAAGAUGCGAAAUACCAUUGGUUGCGAUCAUUUCUGAGAAAGAAAGGGACAGUCUACGCGGAUAAUAAAAUAGGAAAUUAGAAGAAAGGAGAGGAAGGAGAAGGAGAGACGCUGAAAGAAAGACUAAAAUCAUGGGAUGCAAUGCGGGCCGAUGCCUCGGUCCAGACGAUACGGGGUACCCUGGAUCAGGAUUCAUGGCAGCCAUUAGGAAGAAGUUGGUUAUUGUGGGUGACGGUGCUUGCGGUAAAACAUGUCUACUCAUAGUGUUCAGCAAAGACCAGUUCCCUGAAGUGUACGUACCGACAGUAUUCGAGAAUUAUGUCGCGGACAUCGAGGUGGAUGGCAAACAAGUGGAGCUGGCUCUUUGGGACACAGCUGGACAAGAAGAUUACGAUAGGCUGCGCCCGUUGUCGUAUCCAGACACGGAUGUCAUCCUAAUGUGCUUCUCCAUCGAUAGUCCCGAUUCCUUGGAGAACAUUCCCGAGAAGUGGACACCAGAGGUGAAGCACUUCUGCCCGAACGUGCCGAUCAUCCUUGUGGGAAACAAGAAAGACCUGCGCAAUGAUCCCACUACCAUCAAGGAGCUCAGCAAAAUGAAGCAGGAGCCGGUCAAGCCGGAGGAGGGAAGGGCCAUGGCUGAGAAAAUCAACGCUUUCGCCUACCUUGAGUGUUCUGCCAAGAGCAAGGAAGGUGUGAGGGAAGUCUUCGAAACGGCAACCCGAGCUGCAUUACAAGUAAAGAAGAAGAAGAAGGGCAGAUGUAGGCUUCUUUAAAGCGUAACGCCAAGUGAGCCCGAUAAUAUGGGCGAAAUUUAUGGAAUUGCGGAACUAGCUGCAGCGAAGCUAGUCGUAAUGCCGGAGACACCCUGUGGAAACCAUGAUACACAUAUAUGUACACAUACACGUACACAUACACACAUCUUUAAUUAUUUUACAUAAUAAAACAAGUUUGCAACAACAAAAAGGAAAAAAAGAGAAGGUGCAACCACGUUACACACAUAAUACACAUACAACACACGACACAUACACACACUCACGCAUACAAAACACACAAAUGUAAGCAGUCGUCGACGACACAGAAGGACUUUCAGAAGCGCUGAAGUAAAUUCAAUACAAGUAUACCUUAUUAUUAUAUACGAAAACCUGUAAUGUAUAUUGUAAUGACCACCUUGAUUGUGUAUUUUUUAACAGUAAUGAAUUGUGCUUCGAGUUUAAACGACUGUCAAGAACCUGUCAUUUUAUCUUAUGUACUUGGCGUUGCGACGCCACCACGUCGCUCGACUUAAACGGAAACAAAUGAUUGUCAUACCAACAACUAUCUACAUCUACGGUACACAAUUAUCUUUAUCAUGGUAGUGAUUAUUAUUAGUAUAUCUCAUUAUUAUUAUUUUUUAUUAAUAUUAUAAUUAUUAUAUGCAUUCUACAAGUCUCUUUGUUUUCUUUUCUUUUUAACGUAGCGGUUCUUUAUUUUGGUAAAUAAACAAAGUAAAACAAAAAAGAAAAAUCCCGAGCGAGUUGAGAGAGGGAAUACGUAGAGAAAGAAACGGUGAAUGCAAGAAGCGCAGAGCGUGCAAGAGUCAAAGUGAGCAAUACGGAGAAGUUACAAAAAAAAAGGAAGGAUGUCGCGAAAGUAUCUCGAGCCUUGCAUCGCUAAUUUCACUAAAAAAAAAAGUCGUCGCCGUUAUUGCCUCUCGAGAGAGCGAGAAAAUGUGGCAUUUGUUACAUUAUAAACGUGAAUGGAUUAAACUAACAGACCGCCCUGAUGUUUAAGAUACCACAAUUAGAGACUAAAUGUAUUAUUAUAUUUUAUUAUUAUUACUAUAUCUUAGAGUUAUAUUGUGUAUUGCGAUGACACUAACAUAACGGAUUGUAACAGCGGCUGCAUUAUAUUCGUGUAUUUCGCGGAACGCGUUCCUCAUGUCUAACCGAGCCGACGUGGGGUUUGCGCUUUUUUAUACACGCAUACAUCAUCGAUAUCUUGAGAGCAUGUGUAGUUACUCUGUUGAAAAGUCGAAGAUUAUCGUUCGUGCGUCGUGAUAUCGUCGCAACCACGUCGACGAGUUUUUACGUGUGUAUGUCACAAUUGUCCAGCAUUCGGAGAAGUCGCUUCGCGAAAAUUUCUCACACCGACUUUGUAGCGACCGUAUCGUUUUGUCUCGCCAUUCUUCUCGUCCGCUUCGCUUGUGUUGUUCUACGCGCCGUGGUGAGACACGAAAAUGAGGAGAAACAAAAGAAAAAGAUAUGUCACUCGUUCCCUUGUCGUGAACGGAAAUGAUGUCGCAACAGCGUUGAAUCGACGACCGCGAUCUUCUCCCGGCCGUCGAUUCAACGAACCGCCGUGGAUUGUGUUUAUCAAGAUCAUCUACUUCUCCCCCUUUAAUUUAACGUCAAAUAAUUUCUCCCUUCCGAGAAAGAGGCGCGACGAUGUGUGAAUAGAUCGAAAAGCCGGUGGAAGCAAAUUGUUCUCGCGCCGAUAUGAAAUCAGCACGUUUGCGAUGUGCACGAUUUAUUCGCGUUAUUUGCCGACUUGUUUCUCGAACGUGUUAGAGCGAUAUAGCGAAAAUAACGACAGCCCUGUGACACGCAGUGCGCUUUUACGGAACUUUUCGGAGCCGUACAUGAGAACGAUAUACGUAAAAGAAAGAACAGGAGAGCGUUUACGCGACGACUUAAGAUACUUCUGCCAUGAGCGAACGCACGCACGAUGAUGAUGGGAUCUGUAGGGAAGCGUGAAAGAGGGAAGAACGGAGAAGGUGUAUUAAAGCGAUCGAGAACGAGCCUUGUAUAAUGAGCGCUUCAUUUGGGAAAUGCGCGCUUUCGGAUCCACGCCUCCGCUUCUCCAUGCAAGUCGCGCGCGCGCGUCUGCUGCGAAGCUCGAAAGUGUUCUUUUUAUAUAAUGAGUUUCGUGGAUAUACCGUUAUAUAUAUAUAUAUAUAUAUAAAUAUAUAUAUACAUACUUAUAUACAUACAUAAUUGUAUCAAUCACGCACCCGAGACUAUUGUAUAUACGUAUUUUAUAAAAAAAAAUAUAUAUAUAUGUAUAAUAUAUAUAAUGUAUUUAUAUAUAUUAUACACAUAUAUAUGUAAACUCUCUCUCUCUCUCUCUCUCUCUCUCUCUCUCUCUCUCUCUCUCUUUACAGCGUGUUCUCUUUAUACGUAGUAGACAACACGCGAUUUUUCGAGUGUGUACCGGGUUUUCUCUCUUUUUUCCUUUCUUUAUUUUUAAAACACACGCUGGCUUUUCUCUACUUCCAUGGCGUAAACAGAGAGCAAUAAUUAAGAGUAACGAGCGCGGGCCUGAUCGAUAGUCUCACGAGCGGAUGUCCGGGUCCGACGAGCCACAGAUUUCGAUAAAUAUGUAUUUAAUAUCAGCGAUGCAUAUAUAUAUAUAUAUACAUAUAUGAAAAAGAGGAAAGUCGAGUUUUUACUUCUCCGAGAACUGAGCACUGAGGAUAAUACGCGUGUACCUUAUAUGCGCACACACAAAUACACGUACACAGAGACACGUAAAUGAAGUAUCUUUUCCUUGAAGGGCCCCGCGCGAAGCUCCGAGUUUGUCGAUAACGCGUUUUUAAUCGCCGUAAGCCAAUCAUUCUCUCCGUAAGUAGACGAGAUAUUUUUUGAGACUCGAAUGUAAUUGAAUAACGAUUUGUACCGCGAGUAAAGUAACCGGCGAGAUACCGCGAUGAAUAAACCAGUUUUGUAUGAUCAGGAGAAGAAGGAGAUCGUCGAUCCUCUGUGACCUCCGAAAUCUCUCUGUACCACUUUACAUCCUUCUCUCUAUUACUACUACUACUACUACUACUAUUUCUAUCACUACUACUACUAUUACUACAACUACUACAACAACAACAACUACUACUACUUCUACUACUACUUAGCUUUUGUAUGUAAGACUGUAUGAUUAUCCUACAAACGCUAUGAUAACAGAUUGUAACUAACAAUAAACAUUUCUUAUGACGA